CAGCUGCCUGGUUGCUAGACGACUCAAUCUGCGACACUGAUGUGAAAACAGUAACCUCUGCAUUUUAACAAAACAUCAUUUUAACGGACUUCAUGAAGAUAUGGUCAACAGUGUGAAGCGCCGGCUUGUUACGUGGACAGUCCGCAGUGUAGCGUACCAAAAUCCGAGUUGUAGCACAGCUAACGUCUCUUUUGUUGCCCCAUGUUUUCACUACUAGCAAGAGGGGCGACCUGAAGUGCGCUUUUUGACUUGGAAACAAUGAGACGAUCACAAACGGAUAAAGUCAAGUUUUUCAACUUAACGUAACGUUUGCUCACCAGCCAUGUUCAGUGCAACUGCUAAGCUGGCUCUGGAGGCGAGUGAUGUUCAGACAGAUGAAGACUGCGAGGAGCUGGUUGACGAUAGCUUCUCUUUCUCCGCUGAUAUUUUGGAAAAGGGUCAGAGAACAAGGAGGAAGAGAUCUUCUGGCAAGCCUCCUCCUUCUCCAAAAUCUCCAUACCUCUCCAGUAUGAAUGUGAACCCCAGAAGAGCAGCAGUGGCGGCCUGGAGGCUGCCGAGGGCCUCCCUGGGGGACGCCAGAGGGGACACACCUGGGGAGAGCAGCUCAGCUCGCCUCACAUCCCUCAGCAACGGGCACGAUGCAUCCCAGACGCUGAGAUCAGAGCGCGAUGUGACACCAGAGCUGCUCAAACAGACCUUGAGCAUGAGGAAACACAAACAUCUCCACUCUGGAUCCAAUGGCUUCGCCUUCAGCACAGGCGACCACAGAGAGAAGGAAGACAUGUACGAUGAGAUUAUUCGGCUCAAGAAGAGUCUCCAGGCACAAAAGUCUGACAACCAGCAAAUGAAAGCCAAACUGCGCCGCCUGGAGGAAGAUAACGCUAAAAGAGAGAAACAGAUAGAAGAACUGUUGGAUCCCACUAAAGGAUCUGAAUAUACUCGUAGCUUAGUGGAUAAGAAAAAAGAAGGGAGUGUGGUUCUCAAUGGGCUGAAACAGAGAAUCCUGAAGCUGGAGCAGCAGUGUAGAGAGAAAGAGAACGCUCUGAGUAAACUACAAAGUGAGCUGAGGACCACCAACCUGGAGGAGCUGAAGAUCACGGUAGAAACCUACUAUGAAGAGAUCCAGAGGCUGAGGAUGCUUCUAGAAGCUGCGGAGAAGAGUAGCCGAGCAGAGAGUAAAUGCUCCCAGCGGCAGCAGAAAGCUUUAAGCUCCGCAGUUCAUCGUCUUACUGAGAACCUGAAGCACCUCCAGCAGGAGAACACAGCACUCAGAGAGGAGCUCAACACUGACAAUCCUGCAGGAGGAAUCAAAGGUUACAGAGAGUGGAGUAAACAGAGACUGUUGAGAAGGCUGUUGGAAGUGGAGAAGAGGCUGGAGGACAACAGAAGACACGCCCAGUCAGCAAAAAGCAGCGGCCGAGUGGAUCAGGAGGUCCAAGCCGCGCCCACUGACAUUGUGGGGUUUACCAUGGCAACAGAGGCAGUGGUCUCCGUGGGAACGAACACUGAGGAAAGGGAGGAGGUUUCUGAUCUGAGACAACGCCUCAGCCAAUUGGAGAAGGAGAGGACGGAGCUUCAAGAGACUCUGUCAAGGAAAGAUGACGAACUGAGACGGCUGAGGACAGAGAGAGACGAACUGGAGAAAGAGACAGAUCGAUGGAAAGCUGAACAGACGAAAGAGCGGGACAAAGAGAGACAGCAGCAUAAACAGGAGUUGGACCAGCUGUGGACGAGGAUCCAAACUCUGGAAGACAGGAGUAAACCUGCACGAGCUGAGCUCUCCUCUGUCUCUGCCACAUCGCCAGAGGACAAUGAGGACACUCAGGUUGCAGCAGGGCCAGAAGAAGGAGAAGAGAGGGACAUGGGAGGUAAAGAAGGGAAGGAGGAGGAAGGAGUUGAAGAACUGAGUACGGAUACAGGGAAGAAAGAAAGAGAGAAAGCAGCAAUGGUCAUCCAGACAAACUGGAGGGAGCACAGAAAUAGGGACAUCGUGAUGUUGCAGUCGGCAUUAAGAGGUCACCUCCUCAGAGAGUCUCAGCUCAAGAACCUGCUGAACGACACACAGAAUAAGGCUGUUGAGGCGACAAAUCACAGUGAUGCUGCAUCCCGCAUGGAGGGAGAGCUGGAUGUGGUUGCCUUGACGAUGAUACAGUCUGCAUUCAGGGGACACCUGGCUCGCUGUAGUCUUGCAAUAGAGAGCUCAGGGCUCUCUGUGCCUUCUCCAAUGGGAAACGGUUUGCCUACGCUGGUACCAAGAAGAGCGCGCUCAACACACACACCCAGCAGAACAGGUGCUGCAUCCCUCCAUAAAGAGGAGGCAAAGCAGGGUGAGGAGGAAGACAUCUGGCUUGUUUCUGGCACUCAUUCCUCUAGGAUGACAUCCUCAGCAGACCAAUCAGAGCUUCACGGCACAGCCGAGUCUGGUGCAGCCGCUGCAGCUGAUUCUGAUGACUCUGAUGACAUCAUUGUGUCCCCGUCACGUCCUCUGAGAAGCAGAGAAGUUUUACUCUUAUAGACCUCCUGGGAUGCGUUUGUGUGUGUAUGAGUGCGUGUGUGAGAGAGUUCAAGCAGCAAGACCUGCACAGUCAAGUGUACCAAAUGAUUAUGUUUUAGGUUCUUACUGAACCUGCAAACGACAGCUGGGACAUUCCAGUGUUAGGCGGGAUGAUACACACACAUAAUUUGCUGUCUGCUGAUUGUCGUCUGUCUGAAUGCUUUUUUUUUCUACAGUAAUAACCAGGAUAUUCUGGGAAGUUGGCUGCAGGGUCAUGAACUUCAAUAAGAGGCACAUAAACACCUCACUUUGAUAAUGGUCUUAUUUAGGAUCCUGUCAAAAUACAACAUGUCCAUGCCUCCCAGUGUUGUACUCUGUUAGUGCAGCAUAAAGCACUCACAUGAACAUGAAAUCAACACCCCUUUUAAUUGUACCAUAUUACUCCAUUAUCAUUUCAGCCAAAUGGCCCUUUUCAAUGAGUCUUAUGUUUUCUCAGUGAUUGUUUUGUUUGCCUAAGUGCCUACUGCAUAGAUAUUCAGAUUAAAAUUUCAGUAACAAAUAUAUUCAUUUCUGUUAAAUUGACUGGCCCACGUGAGCCACAUCACUGCAAAUUCCUUUCAAGGUAUGAAGUAAUGAAUGAAUCAUGUUUUGACAGGCCAGAUUUAUAACACAUAAAGAUCAUUACGCUAUGCUAAAUAAAUUCUGGCUGAUUCUGAGGUAUGAUUGAGGGAUGAUUCUCAACUGAUGCACUAUUGAGUCAAACUGUGAAUAAAUUAUAGAUCAGUCUGCUGCAAUACUAAACACAUAAUCAGUACAGUGGAGGAUACACAGCGAGUGUAUGUCUGAUGCCAAUAACGUCCGUGCUGUGAAACAGACAAACGAUAACCGACAGGGAAGUCAGCAAAGAGAAUUGAUGAGUGCAGUUUUCUCCACUAGAUGUGUGUUGCGUUCAAUAAAAUGCUGUUUU